AUGAAGAAAGAUAAGGCUAACCUUAAAGUAAAAGCAAUAGGAAUAAAACCCAAAAAACAGCCAACCUGGAAAUCGAGCAGCAACGUAAACCCUAAGAGUCUUCUAAAAGCACACGGACAGAAUGGGCAAAGUGUGUGCAACACCGCCAGCGCCUCCUUCUCCAUCUUCCAAAAAGAGUUUGUCAGAAAAGAUUUACAUAUACAGGAGGUUGAGUCUUAG